GCAGCUCCUCCGCCAUUUUCUUCCCCUCAGUGGACCCGAGUAGAGCUGUCGAACCGAGCUCUCGUUCCGAAGCGUUCCCCUCAAACCCGUUAUACUCUCACCGGGCUUUAGAUCGCGAUGCCGGCCCACCCGUUGCGUGUCGCGGUCGUGUGCUCCAGCAACCAGAACCGCAGCAUGGAAGCGCACAACAUCCUGAGCAAGCGAGGGUUCGAUGUGCGCUCCUUCGGCACAGGAACCCACGUGAAACUCCCGGGACCCGCUCCGGACAAACCCAACAUUUAUGACUUCAAAACCACUUAUGAGCAGAUGUACAGCGACCUGGUCCGUAAAGACAAGGAACUAUACACACAGAAUGGCAUCUUACACAUGUUAGACCGCAACAAGCGCAUUAAGUCGCGCCCCGAACGCUUCCAGAGCUGCAAAGACCAGUUUGACCUGGUGAUCACCUGUGAGGAGCGCGUGUACGACCAGGUGCUGGAGGACCUGAACUCGCGCGAGCAGGAGACCUUCCAGCCGGUGCACGUCAUCAACGUGGACAUCCAGGACAACCACGAGGAGGCCACGCUGGGAGCCUUCCUCAUCUGUGAGCUCUGCCAGUGUAUCCAGCACACCGACGACAUGGAGAACGAGAUCGACGAGCUUCUGCAGGAGUUCGAGGACAAGAGCCACCGGCCGUUCCUGCACACCGUCUGCUUCUACUGACCGCUCGCGGAGAUCGGCCUCGCUCGUCUGUUUACCGCCAACACACACCUCAGUCCUGACCGAGAGCAGCACACACAUGCGCCAGCCGGGAGUGUGUGCCUGCGCUGGAACGGACACCGCAUCGGAUCACGUUUAAAGAUGUUUAUUUAGAGGAUGUAACGUUUAAUAACUCUGGCCGACGGGACGUGAUAUACUUUGAGUUUCUCAUGAAUUUCUUUCCUCGUUAUUUAAACAUGGGAUUUGAUACCUAUAUUGAGUAUAUUUUGUUUGUUUUUUUCUUUAAUUUUGUAAAUGAAAGGAUGAUUGUGUAAUCGUACCUGAAGCAGCCCAGAGUGCCUGAAAUGAUUCUUGUAAAUAUUGCGCUAUGAAUGAAUGAAUAAAGCGUUGAUGAAUCUCA